AUGCGUAUAGAGGUAACAGAUGUCAGUCUAGUGAGCACUUGGGCGUGGGAUAUUCCCAAGGAUUUAUCGAAAGGGAAACAUGGUGUUGCAGAUCAAACGGUACAUAUGGAAAAAUGGGAAGAUAUACAGAAUGAAGAUGAGGAUGCAGAGAACGAUGAAGAAGAAUAUGAAGUGUGUGGGAUCUGUCGUAACCGGUACGAUGCUACUUGCCCCUCCUGUGAUUACCCUGGUAGCGGAUGUCCAAUUGUGUUAGGAUUAUGCAAUCAUAAUUUCCAUGUUCAUUGUAUCAAGCAAUGGCUAAGUACUGAAACAUCAAAAGGGUUGUGUCCCUUGUGUAGACAAGGAUUCCAGUUGAGGCCUAACGUUCUGAUAAAUAAGAUGCACCAUGAUGAGUUCCAGAAACUGUUGAUGAGUGUGAGACAGCACAACAUUCCGAUGGGUGGUGGUGAAAUAGAUCAAGAUGUGAUGGAUGAUGGCUUCAUACGAUGA